AUGUGUGGUGCCCUCUUCAUCUGGAUGGCGGACUGGUACGGCCGGACGUGGCAUAUCUUCUUCGGCUGCCUAGGCGUCUGCGUAGGAGCGAUUAUCACGGCACUUUCCACCAGCCUGCCCAUGUUCAUCGGCGGUCGGUUCAUAUUGUCCUUCUUCGCCACUUGCGCCCACACCUCGGCGCCGCUUUACCUGGUCGAGCUGGCGCCUGCAACGUACCGAGGGACGAUUGCAGGGAUGUACAAUACCUUUUACAACGUGGGCUCGAUCUUGGCAACGUCAGCCGUGUAUGCCUGCCACCGCUACCUCAGCGACAAGGGCGAUCUGGACUGGCGUAUUCCACUAUGGCUGCAGAUGGUCUGCCCUGGACUCGUGUGUAUCUUGAUCAAGUUCUUCCCCGAGUCGCCUCGAUGGCUUGUGGCCCAGGACCGCCACGACGAGGCCAAGAACAUUAUCGCGACCUACCAUACCAACGGCGACCUGGAACACCCGCUGGUCGACUUGCAGAUGAAGGAGAUGAUUGGAUCAGUCGACCCGGCUCAUGUGCCGUCCUGGAAAGAUCUCUUCGACCUGCGAGUCCUUGUCGAGAGCCGUUCUAGCCGUUACAGACUCAUGCUCAACGUGGCUUUCUCCUGGUUUGGGCAGUUCAGCGGCAACAACAUUAUCUCCUAUUACCUCCCAAUCAUGCUUUCGGGUGUCGGUAUCACCGACACCGACACCAAGCUGAUUCUCAACAUCAUCUAUUCCGUUGUCGGCUGGGUCUUCUCGACCGCCGGCUCGCGCCUCCACGACGUCGUGGGCCGCCGCAAGAUGCUCAUCACCGCCACCUCCGGCAUGACCGUCUGCCUAGCCGUCGUCGCGGGCUGCUCGGCAGGCUACACCGACUACGGCAACACGGCGGCGUCAACCGCCAGCAUCGUCUUCAUCUUCCUGUUCGGCGCCAUCUUCGCCGCGGGAUUCACGCCGAUGCAGCCCAUCUACCCGGCCGAGGUCGUCAGCAACAGGAUGCGCGCCAAGGCCAUGGGUACGUUCAAGCUCACGGCGGGCGCGGCCGGGUUUUUGAACACGUUCGUUGGGCCGAUUGCGCUGUCGAGUAUUGGAUAUUGGUUUUAUGUCUUCUUCGUCGCGUGGGACAGCUUCGAAGUCUUGUUCAUGUACUUCUUCUUUGUUGAGACCAAGGGCUUCACAUUAGAGGAACUAGAUGACGUUUUCGAGGCCGAAAACCCACGCAAAGCGUCUGUGCAGGCCAAAAAGAGACAAAAGCGAAUCAUGAGGGAGGGUGGCUUGGUUGCUUAA